AUGCUUCCUACGAUCGUUCGCCGCGCGGCCGAAGCAGCUGGCUCCAAAUUCACAGUCUUCACCAACCCGUACCGAACGAAAAAAGUCUGGCCUCCCAACUUCACGAACCUGUCCCCUCAGUCACAACUGCGAUUUGAGAAGAAGUACAAGAGACGCCUAGCAUUAGUUUAUGCGCGACCGAGAUGGAACAAGGCUGUUAAGCUUGCGCAGUUGGCAACUGUCAUUGGUUUCCUUGGCUGGACAUUUUUCUUCUCCGAGCUCGAGUUCUUUGGCAAGGAAUACAGGCCAUCGGAAGAGAUCCGAAAGCGUGUGCGCGGUCUGUUUGGCACAAUCGAGUCUGACAAACGAUACGAACGUCGCAGAGAUGCGCCCGAAGCACCCGCUCCCAUCGAGACCCCCAAAUAG